UUAUAUUCUUUCAAUCCGUACAUCCACCGACACCCACCACCUCUCCCUCCGCCCCCCUCCCCCUUCUUCCUCCCGACUCCUACAUCUGCGCCAACACUCCGUCCUUCCGCUGCACCGCGUGCACGAGCCUCUGCCUUUGCCAUCAAACCCCCGACCCCCUUGUAACUGAUAUAAACAGUCUACGACCCACAUUCAUUCUCCCCACACCGUCUUUAUAGACACCCACAAAAUCUCUUACAUCUCUACCCCUCGAGGCUGGUACUCGAACUCACCCAUCAUGUCCUACUCCACCGCCCUCUUCGCCCUCCUGACCGUCCUUCCAUCCGCCUUUGCCGCAGUCACCUCUGGCACCACCUACUCCAUCUCCCCCGCCCAACAUGCUGGCAUGUGUAUCGCGCCCAAGUCCACCAAGGAGGGCGCCAAGCUCGUCUUGAAGGACUGUGACGAGGACGACACCACAUGGCUGUGGACUGGAUCUGCCCUCCAGAACACCGCCACCAACAUGUGUGUCGACAUUCCCGAUGCGGGCAAGUGGUCUGGAAACCACGCACAGGUCUGGGGGUGCUACUCUUGGAACACCAACCAGCAGUACACCAUCGAGGGUGCCAUGAUCCACUGGGACGACUUUUGUCUCGACUUGGUCGACGGCGGGUCUACUGAGGGCACUGAAAUUCAGAUCUGGAGCUGCUACUCUUACAAUGACAACCAGCAAUGGUCUUUUACCGAGGUAGAGGAGGUUGAUGAGUCGUGUAGCGAAUCGACCACGGUGUCUUCUACCGUCGUGUCCACCGCUACCGCCUCCGUCUCUGAUGUUUCUGCCGAGGAAUCUGUUACUUCUACCGCGUCUAUUGCCAACAGCACCGAGUCUGUCUCUGCCAGCGAGGUUUACGGUAACGAGACUGCCUCUCUCACCCAAUCUGCUAGCGAGACUGCUUCUGCCGGCGAGCUCUACCAGACCGCUUCUGCCACCGAGUCUUACGCCAACGAGACUGUUUCCGCCACCGAGUCUUACGCCGACGAGACUGUUUCUGCCACACAGUCUUACGGUAACGAGACCGCGUCUGCCACCCAGUCCUUUGUCAACGAGACCGCCUCCGUGACCGACUCUUACGCGUCUUACGCCACCGAGUCUGCCUCGUACUCCCUCAACUCUACCGCCACCCUCUCUUCUGACCUUGCCAACGCGACUUCUACCAACAGCUCUCUUGGUGACAACCUCUUGGCUCCUGGUGCUUCCGAGAGCGCUACUUCCAGCUCUGACGACUGGUGGGCUACUACCACUUCCGAUGCUUGGGCGUCUGCCACCGCCUCUGUGUCUUUUGGAUGGUCCUCCAACUCUUCAGAGCCUACUGCUAGCAACUCUUCGUCCGAUGCCUGGGCUUCUGCCACUGCUUCUGCCACCAACCCUUGGGAGACUGCCUCCAACUCUUCGUCUGAUGCUUGGGGCUCUGCCACCGCGUCCUCUUCCAACGCUUGGGAGACGGCUUCCAACUCUUCCUCCGACGCUUGGGAAUCUGCCACUUCCUCUGCGACCAACCCUUGGGAGACUGCCUCUUCUACUGCCAGCGAUUCUUGGAACGUGACUGCUACAGCCAGUGCUUCUGACGCUUGGAACUCGUCUUCUUCUACCGACUCUUGGGGGGCGUCUGCCACCGCCUCUGCCACGCAGUCGACCAACGGGUCUUCCAACGGCACUGCCACCGCUACCACUGCCACCUCUGCCAUCUCUGCCACUGCCUCUGUCGGCAGCAUGUCUUCUGGCAAGCUUCAGACCAGCGGCACCAAGAUUGUCGACUCUGACGGCAACACUGUUGUCCUCAGGGGUACCAACAUUGGUGGUUACUUGGUGCUUGAAGACUGGAUGUGCGGUAUCACCGACGACACUGGAUCUUCCGACCGAUUCUCUCUUUCUACCCUUGAGAACCGAUUCGGUACCGACGAGGCUCGAACUCUUGUUGAGACUUGGGCCGACAACUGGCUCACCGACGCCGACUUUGACGAGCUCGUCGAGAUUGGCUUCAACGUCAUCCGUCUUCCCUGGUCUUUCCGAACUGUAGAGAAUGCCGACGGCUCUUGGAGGGAUGAUGCGUUCACCAGGAUGGACUGGGUUGUUGCCAACGCCAAGGCCCGUGGUAUCUACACCAUUCUCGACUUCCACAUGUGGCCCGGACAGGAGGCUUCUUACUCUGCCAUCUCUGAGAACACGGACGACGGUGCCAGCCAGCGUGCGGCUGUUGGGGAGAUCUGGAAGAAGGUCGCCGAGCACUAUAUCGAUGAGCCUGCCAUCUUUGCUUACGAUGUGAUCAACGAGCCUACUGGUUCUUACGGUGACUACCUCCAGCAGGACCUUUACACCGCUGUUAGGUCUGUCGACUCUGACCGUAUCAUCAUUCACGAGUCCAUCUCUACCGACCCCUCCACUUACAGCUGGACCAACGUCAUCUACUCUAUCCACGAGUACAACAUGAUGGGUUCCGACCUCGACUCCAACAAGGAGCAGUGGACCAGCGGUGUGCAAACGUACAUUGACACCUGGUCCGGCUACAACAUCCCCACUAUUCUGAGUGAAUUCAUGGCCGACGGUGACACCCUCGACUACAUCCUCAACCAGGCCAACGGCCAGGGUCUCUCUUGGCUCUCUUGGGCCCACUCUACCGUCAACAUGGGUCGAUGGGGUCUUUGGAACCACGGUGCCUUCAGCGUCAACGUCGGCACCGACGACUAUGACACCAUCCUCUCCACUUGGUCCAGCAUGCCUUCUACCUCCCACACCAGCGUCUACGACCAAUUCAAGACUGCUGCCACUGGGUCUACCAGCGUGAGUAGCAAGAGGAAUGUCAUUCCCUUUGCUCCCCGAGCGCAGACGACCAAGCGACUCCAUGCUAGCCAUGGAGGUAGGUCCAGGAGGGCUGGUAUGGGCAUGGCCCACGCUGCUAGGGGUGUUGUUUCCGUCUAAGGCUAUUUGGGUGUACCUUUCUUGUUUGUUUGACAUGAUUUUCUUUUACUAGGGUUUUGAGAACGCCUCAUUUUUGUGGAUAAAUUGUCGUAUAGCAUCUUUCUCUUUUCUUCAACCUACCUUCUCUUCCUUGUUUACAUCUUUCAAUUCCUCUCGUGCGUCUCCUGCGUCCUUGUACCGCGUACAUCACAGCAGGAGGCCCGACGAUCGAGGCUGGACCUGCUAGCAGGGAAAGAGAAACAACUCGGAAGAAGAGAGAAGCCUUUGCUCUGUUGUCGAUCAACGAGAAUGGUUCUGAAAAUGGGUUUUUGAAAAACAAUCAUCUGUUUAUACAAAUCAAACACAUGGGGUUUCAUCUUGACUUAUUAAUCUUUUCGAGGGGUCAUCUCCAACAGCUUUCCGUACUGGUUUUACGGCGAGAGCAGCUCGUAUCAUCUUUUUGCAUAGGACGAUUUUUUGUUGGGGUGAACUUUUCUCGCUGGACGGGGAAAGACUACUGUUUCUUGUAGGGACGUAGGAUGAUAUUUCGUAGAUCUGGAUCUAUGCAAUUACAAC